AUGGACCCAACUCUUGCGCGUCACGUAGCCGGCACCAUCUCCCGUUAUGAGCCAAACCCCGAACGACCAGCUGCCUAUAUGGCACGAGAACCCAAAACCAUGAGGGACCCAGGCACGGCCCAGUGGGAUAUGGAAAUCAGCACCGCCGACUUUACCCAGCUCAAGCUCGGCUUCAUGGCCCAGGAGAUGGAGGACAAGUGCUCCGGCAAUGCCAGGAUCGAAUUUUUCACCUGGGAGAAGGCCUUAGGAGAGCAUGGGGAGAUUUCCGUUUCGGAGCGCCAAGCCAAAAAGGAGGCUGAGAUUUUGUGCAGAAUCCAUGCGCACUGCAAGAUCGAGCAGCUUCCCGAGUACAGUCCUGAUAUCUUCUGGCAGGAGGAUACAGAUGAUGAGGAUGAAGAAGUCAACAAGUACAAAGACACAUCAGCUCAAGACAGCUUUGACAACAUCGGACCUCGAAGUACUCUGGGUCUAUUCAGGUACAAGGGAAUUGCCGGCCCUGCCUUCAUUCAGGCUGAUUAA